AUGCAGGCUGUUUUUGUGAAAGAUGGUUUCUUCUCUGUUGGAGAAAUUCCAAAAGAAAUAAAAGAUGAUGCUAUCGUCCAAGUAUUGGUGACUGAUUAUGCUGGUCAAGAACAUAAUUUUAUUAUAAAGGUCAUUUUCCCGUAUUAUAACUCGUGUUUUGUUCAUCUGAAGGAUAAUGUUCAGCCUCAUAAGUUGCUUAUUUUUGUCAUGAGACAAAUGGAAAUUAUUAAUAAUGAGUUUUAUGUCUAUGCAAAUAGCAUUAAUCAUAUUGAUACUCAGUUUCUUUAUAAAAAAAAUGUUGUACCUAAUAAUGUUGAUUCUCAGGUUUUUUCUUCUCCUAGAAAUACCAUUUGUUCUAAACUUAUAGCUACUCACCAGAAUGUUUCUGAAAAUUUGAAGGAAAGGUCUGAACAUAAAAUUGGAAUUUCUAGUGACCAUACUGAGAAAUCUAUUUUAUCAGAUUCUUUAAAUGAUAUUCGUUCAUUGAGAUGUAUGCGUGUUGAAGAUUGUGAUAAUUCUGCUAAAGAGUUUUCAGGAAGUGGGUUUGAUAAUGAGAUGUCUACAGUAUUUGGUGAUAAUGUUUGUGGAAAUGAAUCAAAUUUAUCAGGUAGUUCUUCAUCAAAAUGUACUUGGACUGAAGAUUUCAAAGAGUCUGUAAGUGGAUCUUGUACUAAGAAAAGUGAUAAUUUAGUUGAUAGCGAUCAAGGUGAAGAAUAUUUGGAUUCUAUUGUGAAUAGCAAGUGUAAAAAAGAGAGUAAUAGAAAGGGUAAAUCGCUCUUUACAUCAUAA